AUGCCUAGCACUCUCGACACAGACCAGCCGGUGACUGGUGCUGGUUUGGAAUCCAAGACGAGUUUACCCUACCCAACAUUUUCGAAAGCUCACAGCAAAGAAGCUGUGGGUGCACGAGAUGCCCUCAAACCCACCCUUAAUAUCUUCACACCUGAUCCUACCGACCUGUCAACAUCAAAGGACAAGCAAACUUCACGUGAAGCUGCGGUAGGCGGAGCGCCGCCGAGUCCUCCUUUGACAUCCGUGGACCAGCAUGGAGGCGGAAGCAGGAGUGGCAGCGUAAAGCGCACCGGGAUAGAGACCAUAGAAGAGGAGAAGAAGAGCCAGCUGGAUAGGACAGUGAAGGUAAAGCUGCGACCAAAGUCUUCGAGGUCGAAUGGACACCUCCAAAGUACAUCUGAACUCGGGUCACCUACAAAGUCGCCCCUACGGUCGAAGCAGAGCACACCACUUAAGUCUAAAAUGGAGGAGCAAACAAAACGAUCGGUAAGUCAACCGACAAAAGCUGUGUCACCGCCGCCAUCCUCCCUUGCAGAUACAGAGCUCGAGACCACUCCAAGCUCUAAUGCUACGUCCAUCGCACCCAAUCAGCCCAGGAUUCAACGGCCAGGUUCACAACCACCACCGGUUACUGUCGAAGAUGAUAUGAUAUCACAGGUAACAUCAAUACCAGAUGGAGGUGUCUCCAGAGGUCCAACUCCGUUAGAAGCCUUUGUGGACGACAGGAGGACUCCUGCGUCCAGCUUGUCUACUCAUCCACCGCCUCCUCCACCACCACCCCUAGCUCCCAUCACUCAGCCAAAAGUCGAUUAUUUGCUACAGCAUGGCGGCCUGAACCAAAGCGUGCCGAAGAAUCUUCUCCUCGCCGGAAAGCACAUGGCUAUACAGCAAUCAGCUCCUGCUCAGCCUGCGCAAUUGGUGGCGAAUCUUUUUGAACCGUACAACCGUCUCCUUGAUGAUUACAAGCAUGUCGUCUCCAAGAACGGGUCAUUGGCCGUAGCAACCGGCUACAGGUCUGUUGCACGAAGGCUCCUUGACAGGCUCGAGGCUGUUUUUGCCAGAGAUAUCUCCUCCGAAACUUGUCAGUGCUGCUUAUGCGCCUCUGUUUUCGAUGACACAGAAGACAGCGAAGGAGUAAGCUGGGGAGAGAUUCUCGAACUCGUUGCGGGCCGGCGCGACUUGCCGUCAUGGCCUCCGUUCUCACUCGCCAACACACCAAGGGGGCUUGGAAUAUCCCUUGAAGCACACACCCCAAUGCAGAAACUUGACAUUGACGUUCCAGAAGAAUUUCGAGAUCACUAUAUCCGACAGUCACGCAAAACCAAACAGAGCGUCGACAAAUGGCUGUCUCGUCAGACAGACAGCCCUACAAAUCCCCCAGAAGAAGUAGACGACGAGACACUUACCUUUGCUAUUUUGACACAUCUUGGCCCUGAGCAGCGACCCAGCUUUAGCAAUCUACUGGGGAUUGUUAACACACCCUUGGAGCCUCCAAAGAGAAUGCCAAGUCCUCAACGAGGUCCAACACCACAGCCUGCUCCUACACCACAACCGCGAUACCGUCCGCAACCGAUCGUCACGGCGAGCCGAGCUGUUCAACGUCUUUACCGACUUGCAUCGCCACCCCGAGAUCCCGAGACGGCCAUAUAUCUUCUUUAUAACCCAUCGAUUCACAACGCGCUUGCGACCCUUGCCGCAGUUUCCGACGAUGAGUGGGAAAUACUGAUCUCUGGCCGAUUUGAUGGGUUCCUGCGCAGUGGCGCAGACGAUCCACUUGACAUAGCUCAGCCGCCGGGCCGGCAGACACCUCUUAGGUCGGUCAAUUCGCGAGGUCCAAUACCACUACUACAUGGGAAUUCCCAAACCCGCCCGGGUACCUAUAUGUCUCGAGCGGCCACACCCGCAUCAGGAGCGCAUUAUGGUGCACCUAUAGCUUAUGACGAGGAAACCGAGAUUGCCACUCUAGCGGAAAUUGAGCGUGAUAUCUAUUCUGGUAUGGAAGCGUUGGAGGAUGCUUUCGAAGCGCUUCACGUCAAGGCGGAGAUGGUGCGACAAGCUCUACGAGAGCGAGGGGCCGGACUGGCAUCGAUGCAGCAGCGUCGCAGAGGAGGACUGGGUGACGGUAUUGAGGUACGUAUGGGCACGCCGGCCAGCGGUAUUGGCAUAGAUGGCCGGUGGGAGGCGGAAACCGACGAUGGGUUGGGAGAGUGGGAAGGCAUCAGCGAGCUGGCGCCAGACGAUAGCGCAAGCAACAUCAGCAGCAGCCGACGCAGAAGACCGAAGCGGCGGAACGAAAGGAGGACGCCGGCUUUGGUUGAGGAAGACGAGGACUUGGGGGAAAGUGAAGGCACGGCAAGUCCGCGAAAGAAGUGA